CCUGCGCCGGCUGGGUGCGCUGCGGCCCGGGCAAGAGCCCGCGGCAAGCAGCCUUCACGUGCCGCUCUUCAGCCGCGUGAAAAACGAGGCCUCUCUUAGCGCAAGUACAGUGCAAGUGAGGGCGUGCUAACGCACGGUGCUCGGCGCUCACGGGGAAAGGAGCCUGUGGGGAGAACCCGGCUCCUCCAGCCGUGUUUAAGAGGCUGCCCUGCCGAGAGGGGACAGAGCUUCGAGUAAAGCUGUUAACACGGCUGCUUUCAUAGAACCCUUAAAUCACUGAGACCUCAGGAUUGUUCAUGGUGCCCACUGGAUGCAGAGAUCCACCACAAAAUCAAUGUUGUAUAGCUCAUCCCAGCGGAAUCUCAGCAUGAGAAAAUAGGUCAUGAAAGAGCAUGAAAUUGCGAUGAGAUGGAGGAAGGUGACUUUAUUAGCUCUGUAACUUCAUGGAUUGCUAAUUCUAAUGGACCUGUUGGGAAUCCAGACUUUGCAGCUGAGCUGUUCCCUGGCCUUCGUGUGUGCAGCAGUGGAAGCCCGGGAGGCAGAGCUCUGACUUCUCAGGCGUGAGACGUUCAUUCCUGCAGUAAGCUCCAAGCCCUCAUCACAACAACGCUCCUAAAGCAGUCCUAAUCCUAAAGAUCAGUGCCAAGCUUUCUGUCAGAGGUUCUGCUCUUGACAUCUGUUUCCUGAGCUGAGAAGUCACUAUAUAAUUUUUAGAAUGAUGGGAUAGAACUACUCUUGAAGUAUCAUGAAUAUUAUUUAUGUGAAGUGUGGUAGCAAAUUUCUGUCAUGGAGCCUGUAACUAGACUGGAAAGCUAAUGUAAUGUGGAAAAGCCUAGAUAACUUUUACAUUGGAACAGCUUCAAUCCCCACUAAACUUUAUUUUGAUUUAUAUAAGUUGAGCUAUUGAAAAUUUGAAAGAAUAUGACCUAUUUGGGUAAAGUUUCCCCACAACUUUCCAAAAUACUGAUAUUGGCUGCAAGAGUGAAAUAUUCUUUUUUGAAAGGUGAAUGUGAGUCAAGACAGUCUUUAAGGUAUUUAUAGUCUUAAGAAGCUGGGCUCUGUUUGGAGAGGAACAACUUCGCGUAACACCGCUGUUCUAUCCAGCACUGCGGUGUAAGUGGCUCUGCAGUGCUCAGCAGUGGAGAAUGCUGCUGCUGGACAGCUUCCUUCUCCAUGUGUGCAUGCUCCAAGGAAAGCUGAGAUGCCCACUAAACAGCUUGUCACUUCAGAGCUGCCUGGAGAAGGGAACUGCACAGAAUAGUUUCCAGGAUCAGAACUUUAUCCUUUAAACUUACCUGGAUGUAAAAUUUACUGUGCAGCUGAGGUACCUGGCUUUUUAAAAAGAUCGUGGUGAAUUUUGGAGGGAGAUUUGAGCAGCAUGGUGAAAGUGCCCGAAGAGUUUCCUGUGAUGUAAUCAGAAUUCUGCAUCAAGAAGUUUUCCUGGUUUUCCUUUGAUUGGCAACUGUUGUAGUAGAUUUUCUACUCCAGAAUCACAUGGGUUGAGUUGUCAAAAAAAGAAAAGCCCAGCCAGACACGCCUGCAGCUUGAAUUGAACUGAAACGAAAUACUCUGAAGAUGGCUAUGAAUAAUUCAGUUCCCUCUGUUGUAAGACUUGAAUGAUUUUAGGUACGGGGUGAUUCCUAGUACAGGAAGGAGUUGGACAUCUUUGACCCAAAAAGUCACUUGGAAAUUGCCAAAGCAGCUGGAUUAGCUCUUGGAUUUUUUCUGGUGUUCUCCACAUCUGCAAAUUGCCUAUUGAAGCAACUUCUAUUAGCAGCAGCACUCCCCAAACAAGUAACUGUAAAUAGCAUUUUAAUGAACAGUUACAGCUUUUUCUGCAUAUUUUAGGAUUAUAAUUAUACAGAAGAAAUUUAAAAAAACAAAAGGUCUUAUUUUUGUGUGCUGUGUAAGUUGGCUUAAUUUUAAUUAGCUAGAAAAGCUAGUAAUUCUUGAGUAGUUUGAUACUACAUAAAUGAAUUAAAGCAAAUCCUAAAUUGCCUGCUCAAGCUUUACUGACCUCCUAGUGGUUAUUAAAUAAUUAAAUUUUAUCAGUAGUUUCAGGCUAAAACGGCAUGUAAAAUAUUGCAUUGCUAGCAAACUUUAAUUUUAAAUAGCUCUAGUGUUUUAUUCAUUUAGUUGAAACUGUUAUUUUCUGGGAAAUGAAAUGAUGUCCUAACCAUGCUAUGAAGAUUUCCUACAUUUUUUUCAGAUGAGUUAAAAUCAAGUACUGAAUACUGAAAUCACGUUUAAUUAGCAAUAAUAAAUGAGGACAAACAGGUCAAUAAUUAAAUUUAAUUUUAACUUCGCUAUAAUGUGUUUCCAUGUAUCAGAAUCAGCAGCUAGGUGUUGCUGUAAAUUUCUUUUUCUGUGCGAGCGUGACACAAACAAAUGUUAAAUAUUUCUAAAAUAAAUUCCCCUUUUUAGAUUUUAUACGUCUAUUUUUAUAGGGUUUAAGUAGUCAGGUAGCGUUUUUCCCAGUCAAACUAUGAAAUACUCUCAUGAAUUUCAGGUGUUUUUAAAAUUGUAAAGAAAAAGUAAAAAUUUUUUGGUUUUUUCAUUUGCUAAUGCACAUUAUUGUGCUUACUGCAUAAACCACCUUACUUAAAGUCAAACUUACACAGCAGUCAAAAAUGUUAAGAAGACCUCAAAUCCAUAUUUUUGUGGGAGCACCCAGCAUCCCGAGCCCACUGGAGGGGUUGGAGCGAAGCGGCUCGGGGCCUGCUGCCGAGAGCUGGAGAGAGCUGCGCUGUUUGUGCCACGCGCACGGCUUCGUGUCUGGAAAGUUCCGCGGUGCUGCUGUCCCCCCAGUGCCCCAGGCAGAGAGCCCCCUGCUCACAGGAGCCGCUGCCAGCGGUGCUGCUGUCCCCCCAGUGCCCCAGGCAGAGAGCCCCCUGCUCACAGGAGCCCCUGCCAGCAGUGCUGCUGUCCCCCCAGUGCCCCAGGCAGAGAGCCCCCUGCUCACAGGAGCCCCUGCCAGCGGUGCUGCUGUCCCCCCAGUGCCCCAGGCAGAGAGCCCCCUGCUCACAGGAGCUGCUGCCAGCGGUGCUGCUGUCCCCCCAGUGCCCCAGGCAGAGAGCCCCCUGCUCACAGGAGCCCCUGCCAGCGGUGCUGCUGUCCCCCCAGUGCCCCAGGCAGAGAGCCCCCUGCUCACAGGAGCCCCUGCCAGCGGUGCUGCUGUACCCCCAGUGCCCCAGGCAGAGAGCCCCCUGCUCACAGGAGCCCCUGCCAGCGGUGCUGCUGUCCCCCCAGUGCCCCAGGCAGAGAGCCCCCUGCUCACAGGAGCUGCUGCCAGCGGUGCUGCUGUCCCCCCAGUGCCCCAGGCAGAGAGCCCCCUGCUCACAGGAGCUGCUGCCAGCGGUGCUGCUGUCCCCCCAGUGCCCCAGGCAGAGAGCCCCCUGCUCACAGGAGCCCCUGCCAGCGGUGCUGCUGUCCCCCCAGCGCCCCAGGCAGAGAGCCCCCUGCUCACAGGAGCCCCUGCCAGCGGUGCUGCUGUCCCCCCAGCGCCCCAGGCAGAGAGCCCCCUGCUCACAGGAGCUGCUGCCAGCGGUGCUGCUGUCCCCCCAGCGCCCCAGGCAGAGAGCCCCCUGCUCACAGGAGCCCCUGCCAGCGGUGCUGCUGUCCCCCCAGCGCCCCAGGCAGAGAGCCCCCUGCUCACAGGAGCCCCUGCCAGCGGUGCUGCUGUCCCCCCAGCGCCCCAGGCAGAAAGCCCCACACUCACAGGAGCCGCUGCAAGUGGGGCCAGGGCUCAGCAGGGCAGGCUCAUGGCAAAAGUAGGAAAAGAUGGGACAUCUCCUGCCCCUGUGGCAGUAACUUGUAGCAGCAGACCGAAAAAGAGCACGAGUUUAACUGGCUCUGAUUGUGGAGUACCCAAAGAUAGAUCCACACCUGCAGCGGUAAAUCAGGCUGCAGGUCAGCACCUGCCCCAGAGCUGGGCAGAAUCAGCUGCACAAGAGAAAGCAUCACGUGCCUGCUGCCCAGAGCUCAGGGAGAGAAAAGGCAGUCCUUCAGAACUCAGCAGCUCUGCCAUUUGUGCCUUGCUGGCCAGCACUGAGCGGGUCAGCAUCCACCUGCGCUCUGCGGGGCCUCAGGCAGCCCGCAGAAGUGAGCGCCACGAACGCCUCGGUCAGUAUAUGGAUGUGCUUCUCCAAAAAAGCCAGGAGUCCAAAGCAACAGAAGCAAAUGGCUGUGCAGACUUUGCAGUGUCAGCAGACACUGAAUUUUGUAGUGUAGUCACUUCGAGUCAGGUGGCUGUUUUUGCACAGAAUGAGACUCAGGAAAGAAUUGUAAAACGAUCAGAAACAGAAGCGGGCAAAAAAGCUGAAGAACGACAGCGUGAUCUCUUCCAAUGUGAUUCUGGUGUCGGAACAUGCGCUACUAAUGUGACUGAAAAUGAAUAUAUGGAAGAGCAUGCAAGUUCUCUUGAACUUUUCAGUUCUGAGGAUGAUGGGGAAAAUGUUUGGAUUAAAGCUACAAAACGGGAAGAAAGUGCUCAGGAAAAUGCAGGAGAGUUUGAAGAACUUAAUGUUCCUGCUGAGCAAUUUGUAAAUGAAGUCCGUAUUGAGCCAUUGAGCUCUGGAAUACUGUGCUCUCAAGGGAACUGUUCUCGCAAGAACUCUUCUAAAAGGCCCCGCAAGUACGAAGAUUCCUUUCAUCUUUUCCACUCAGCAUUUAAAAGACAGCUGAAAUCCAAGAGAGCGAAACUGAAUUCUUCUCCGCCUGGUUCUGGGGGGAGAGUAGAUCCAGACAGGAUGUCAGAGUUCAAGAAACUCCAGAAGAAAUUAUCACUGCUUAAGAAUUGCUGCAGCAAAAAUCAAAAGUACAACAUUUUGGUCACAGUUGUACAUCCUUGUCAUAUCAAAGAAAUACAGAUGAAGACUAAACCAAAAUCUUCGUGUAAAGUUCCUGUGGCAACAAUUGUUGUUAUGGACCAGUCAGAAAUCGAGAGAAAGGUGGUGCUGUGGCGUGGUGCUGCAUUUUGGUCCCUCACUGUGUUUCCUGGGGAUAUCGUACUGCUUACGGAUGUAAUAAUGUACGAGAAUCAUUGGUGUGGAGAGGUCAUGCUUCAGUCUACAUUUACCAGUCAGUUACUCAAUCUGGGGAACUGCUCAGCUCUCAAUCCAGAAGAAUUUUAUCCUCUGGUGGAUGGUGGUGUUCUCCAUGGCUUAUUGGCAUACAUAUCAUCAGAAUUUCCACACUUCAGAGACAUUCCACAAAGACAAGUUCAGAGACUGGAUGAUGUUCAGUAUGUGCAGCUAGAUCAGCUCCAGCCAAAUACUUUGGUGCACUCAAUCCUGAAAAUCAUCAAUAUUUCUGUGUUAACAGAAUCUGUGUACAGCUAUAGAGGUGGCAACCAGAGAAAAAUUAUCCUGACAGUAGAACAGAACCGAGAUCAACACUAUAGGAUGGUUUUGUGGGGAGCAGGAGCUGCCUGGUGCCCCCAGCUUCAGCAGAAAAAAGACCACCUGUGGGACUUCAAAUACCUUUUGGUCCAACGUAGUUCUGUCUCAGGUGACGUGGAACUGCACACAACUCCAUGGUCAUCCUAUGAGUGCUUGUUUGAUGAUGACAAAAGGGCAGUUGAAUUUAAAGAAAAGUUUCAGAAAAGUCAAACGUCCCUCAAGGAGUUGACAAGGCUCUCGGCACACCUGGAAGAAAAAUGCUCAGGAGUGAUUCAAGUGAAAGCCCAUAUCUUGGAACUGAAGUUUACCAUUUCCACUGGUCAGUACAAGCAAAUCAUCUUCUCUUCUGACACUUCACUGGAAUGUGUUUUGGCUUCUCUGCCUAUGAUUACGUAUUCAGGUUGUGCCAAAUGUGGUUUGGAACUACAGGCAGAUGAGAACAUGAUCUACAAGCAAUGUAUUAGAUGUUUGCCAUACAGCCAAGUCAAAACAUUCUACAGACCUGCUUUGAUGACAGUAGAAGAUGAAGGAUAUGAAAUUUGUGUUCAUGUGGUGUCUGAGUUGGUGGAAAAAAUCUUCCUCAAUAUUCCUGCAGACUGGCUGAAGAGAUUAGUAGUGCCCUCUUCAGAUCUAACCUACAGCACAAUCGUAGCAGAUCUGUGCCACUCGCUGCUGGCAGAUACAGAAGCAUCCUAUGUGCUGGAAAUCAGAAGCCACUUUGUGCUAGAUGAGAACAGCUAUCCUUUGCAAAAGGAUUUCCACCUGCUGAAUUUUCAUCCUGAACUUUGACCUGUGCACUAACUGAAUAACAUAGACCAUAAGGACACACAGAUGGGAAUCAGAAGAAAAAUUACUUAGCUGAAGGAAUCGGAUCUCUUUAAAAAAAAUUAUAAUGAAGGAUUUUGGCUUUAACUUAUGGAAAAAGCAAAAUCAUCAAAAGGAGUGGUAUGGAAUAUCUGGUAAUAGUAUACACAGCUGGAGUAAUACUGAUGAAUUUUCAUAAAGUAUAU